GUCAGUCAGUCAUUGAGAGCAGCGGUAGUCGGUAGAGCUGUAGGCCGAGUAGCGGAGCCGGAGCGCGGGGUGAUAUCAGCGCUGUAACCGCGAGCGGAGCGCGAGCUGCGGAGGAUUCACCGCAUCAUCACUGCCAGUAAUCUCUGUGAAGAUGAUCCACAGCCUGUUCCUGGUGAACUCCACGGGGGAUAUCUUCCUGGAGAAGCACUGGAAGAGCGUGGUGAGCCGCUCGGUCUGUGAUUAUUUCUUCGAGGCUCAGGAACGCGCCACGGAGCCGGAGAACGUCCCGCCGGUGAUCCCCACGCCCCACCACUACCUCAUCAGCGUCCUGCGCCACCGCAUUUACUUCGUAGCCGUGAUUCAGAGCGAGGUCCCGCCCCUGUUCGUCAUCGAGUUCCUGCACCGCGUCGUCGACACCUUCCAGGAUUAUUUUGGCGUGUGUACUGAAGCUGCUAUAAAGGAUAAUGUGGUGGUGGUGUACGAGCUGCUGGAGGAGAUGCUGGAUAACGGAUUUCCUCUCGCCACCGAAUCAAACAUCCUAAAAGAGCUGAUCAAACCCCCCACCAUCCUCCGUACCGUCGUCAACACCAUCACAGGAGGUACUAAUGUUGGUGAGCAGCUCCCCACGGGUCAGCUCUCUGUAGUUCCCUGGAGACGCACUGGAGUUAAAUACACCAAUAACGAGGCUUACUUCGACGUGGUGGAGGAGAUUGAUGCCAUCAUCGACAAAUCAGGUUCUACCAUCACAGCAGAGAUCCAGGGGGUUAUUGAUGCGUGUGUGAAGCUGACGGGAAUGCCUGAUCUAACCCUGUCAUUUAUGAAUCCUCGGCUGCUGGAUGAUGUGAGUUUCCACCCGUGUGUUCGGUUUAAGCGCUGGGAGGCCGAGCGGAUUCUCUCCUUCAUCCCUCCGGACGGAAACUUCCGGCUGCUGUCCUAUCACGUCAGCUCUCAGAAUCUGGUGGCGAUUCCGGUGUACGUGAAACACAACAUCACGUUCAGGGAGGGCAGCUCUCAGGGUCGGUUUGAUCUGACGCUCGGGCCGAAGCAGACGAUGGGGAAGGCGGUGGAGUCGGUGCUGGUCAGCAGUCAGCUUCCCCGCGGCGUCCUCAACACCAGCCUCAACCCCUCACAGGGCACCUACACCUUCGACCCCGUCACCAAGCUGUUGACGUGGGAUGUGGGGAAGAUUAACCCCCAGAAGUUGCCCAGUCUGAAGGGCACCAUGAGUCUACAGGCCGGAGCCUCUAAACCCGACGAGAACCCGACCAUCAACAUCCAGUUCAAAAUCCAGCAGCUCGCUAUCUCAGGUCUGAAGGUAAAUCGGUUGGACAUGUACGGAGAGAAAUACAAACCUUUCAAAGGAAUCAAGUAUAUGACCAAGGCGGGGAAAUUCCAGGUCCGGACCUAGAGGUGAACCACCCUGCAGCGCCCGGGCGACCACCUCCACAACACAUACACCCCGGGGGGCACGGAGGAGACCGAGGAGGAGGAGGAGCUGAGGGGAGGGGUUAUGGGGGUUUAGGGUUUGGUACGUUAUGAGUUUGGUACACAUUUCAGGAAUCUGUAUUUCUGUAGUUUUAUAUCUGUUUCUCUGUAUAAUUUAUAUUUUAUUAUUCUCCUACUUAUUUCCACCCUGUUUUUCAGUACUAGUAGAUGUUUUCCUGUUGGGCAACAUCCUGUGGGCAGUGUCCUGUAGGUGUUGUCCUGUUGGGCAAUGUCCUGUGGAUGUGGUCCUGUAGUAUGACGUCCUGUAACCAUUGCUGAAGGACUAGAGGAUGAUUUACACAACCGGUGCAGUCCUGUCCUGUAGUAGGACAUCCUGAAAUAAAACGUCCUUUAGGGCAGCAUCCUGUAGGUGUUGUCCUGUUGGGUAAUGUCCUGUUGAUGUCACACUGUUGGUAACGUCCUGUGGAUGGCGUCCUGUUGUGUGACAUCCUGUAACCAUUGCUGAAGGACUAAAGGAUGAUUUACACAAACUCUGCAGUCCUGCAGAUGGUGUCCUGUAGGCAUCCUGUAACCAUUGCUGAAGGACUAGAUGAUGAUUUACACAAACAAAGCAGUCUUGUGGAUGGCGUCCUAAGGGCGGCAUCCUGUAGUAGGACAUCCUGACAUAAAACGUCCUGUAGGGCACCAUCCAUUAGAACAGCAUCCUGUAGAGCGGUGUCCUGUAACCUUUGCUGAAGGACUAGAGGAUGAUUUACACAAACUGUGCCGUCCUGCGGAUGGCUUUCUUUAGGGCGGCGUCCUGUAGUAGUGUAUCCUGAAAUAAAACGUCCUGUAGGGCGGUGUCCUGUAGAGCGGCAUGCUGUAACCAUUGCUGAAGGACUAGAGGAUGACUAACACAAACUCUGGAGUCCUGUAGCCAGUGUCCUGUAGGCAGCAUCCUGUGGGUCCUGAGUAUUUAAGAACAAGGUAAAAAUAAGGAGGAGAAUAAUAAAGUAUAAAUUAUACAGAGAAACAGAAAUACAGUCUAUAAUAUAUUAUUUUAUAUAAUAGAAAUACAGAGUGUCCUGUAUGAUCUGAGCUGUAUAUAGUAAAGCUCCUGCUGGUAUGAUUUUAUGUUGAUAUGAUAUCAGGACGUUCUAUCAGAAGAUCCUGCAGGUUUAACAUUCCUUUAGAACCGGCUCAGCCCGAGUUCCUCAUUCCUCAUUUACUCUUUAUUAUACUUUAUUUUAUUUUAUUUCUCUCCGUUUAUUAGAUAAUCCCUCUCUUUUAAACAGCCCCAAAACACACAUUCCAUUUUACAAAAUUUAGGACUAGUAUAAUAAAAUAUUAAGGCAAGACAAAUUUAUUAGUAUAACACCUUCAGAUUUAAGAAUCAACAUUUGAUUCAGGUGAGUUUAAAAGUAAUGGCUCAUUUAAAACAGAAUUAAAAUGAAUAAAAUUAGAAUAUAAGAAAUACAUUUAAGAUCUAAUACAAAAUAAUGUUAAAAGAAAGUUGCAAGACAUUUAAGACAUUUUACAUUAAUAAUAGUUGUUGAUUGUAAUAAACAUUCUUUUUGUCCUUUUGUUUUUUGACUUACUUUCUCUUGCACCAGGCAGCUUUGACCAAUCAAAGAAGACAAAAUGCUAACGUGGGUUACUGUGGCGCAUUUUGUCGCAUUUAUUUUAUUGCCUGUGUGAAAACAAACCAAACAGAGCAAGAAAAAUCACCAAGUUUCAGAUCUCAAAUAAUGCAAAGAAAACAAGUUCAUAUUCAUAAAGUUUUAAGAGUUCAGAAAUAAUCAAUAUUUGGUGGAAUAAUCCUGGUUUUUAAUCAUUUUUUUCAUGCAUCAUGUUUUUGGCAUCAUGUCCUCCUCCACCAGUCUUACACACUGCUUUUGGAUAACUUUAUGCUGCUUUACUCCUGGUGCAAAAAUUCAAGCAGUUCAGUUUGGUGGUUUGAUGGUUUGUGAUCAUCCAUCUUCCUCUUGAUUAUAUUCCAGAGGUUUUUAAUUUGGUAAAUUUAAAGAAACCACAAGCUGACACCUUAUUACAAAGGUAUGUUUGCAGACAAAUUGGAGAACAAAACACCUGAAACACUUAAUCACUUCAUAUCCUCACUGGCAAAAAAAAUAUUCAUUGAAAUUGAGCAGAUAAAAUAUGAAAUAUCUUGGUUUUAUACUGUCUGUAGUUAAAUAAAAUGUAAAGUAAAUGUAAGAGACAUAUAAAGUUGUAUUGUUUUACUAAUACUACUAUUAAUAUUAUUAUUAUUACUAGUAUUAUUAUUAUUAUUAUUAUUUCACUUAGAAUGGAUGUGUACCUACAUGGCGUACCUAAAACACCUCUCUGAAACCCUUCCUCUUGACUGAUUGGUGGAAAUCUGAGGUCCAGGUUUAGUAUUUUAGGUGAUCGGGACCAAAAGAGGAGAUUGAUUCCAAAGUCUGUCAGUGGAUAAAUUGUGAUUACUUAUGUUUACGUGUUUAUUUAUUUUUCGCAGUUAUGCACCAUGUGUGUGUAGAAUCCGUUUGCAUCCGUUUGUUUUUGAUGAAGAUGAUGAUGAUGAAGCUCUUAAUUGUUUUUCCUCUUUGUUUUCAAAUGGUUUUACAAAAUGCUCCAGAAUAAAAAAGACCUGAAAUCA